GAUAAAUCGUCAGGGACUGCCAGCUUUGUGGCCCUCCUUUACAAGGCUGAGAACAUACCUUGGUAGUCCUGAGGUGCCACGCUUGGCGAAUGACCUUGGUCACGCGAUCCAACGGUCAAACCGCUCCUGCGUGACGGGACAUGCCCCCUUCAAACUUGACGUACGCAUUUCUUUGGUCGUUCAAAACCUCGGCCAUCCUCUCUCUAAUAAUAAACUUUUCCCCUUAAGACCAAAACUGCCAUUUUCUUAAAAUCAAUCAUGCAUCUCAACAGACUCGUCUGGUUACCACUGUGCGCUCUCACCAUUGGCGCGAACGCAAACCCAUCAAUAGCAAGACGGAAUCAACAACAUCAACCCCCAUCCCAAGAGGUCCUCAAUGAUUGGUAUAAUCCGCAUCCGCAAGGAGGCAACCAUCCAGGAAAGGGCGGCGAUGGUUCUGAAGAGGGAGGGUUAGAAGGAGGAGGGUUGGAAGGAGGGGGAGGGGGAGGGGGAGGAGGCGUAUCCGCGGCCCUCUUCUCGUCGCUCGAGCGCACCUCCCGGCUCGUCGACAUCACGUACUGCGUCGGCACAGCGGGAACCGGCAUCGCCCCGCCCUUCUCGUGCCUCUCACGCUGCAAGGACUUCCCCUCGCUGCGGCUGGUCCGGACGUGGAACACGGGCGUGCUGCUGACCGACAGCUGCGGGUAUAUCGCUGUCGACCACGGGCACGGGCACAGGUACGGGAUGGAGGAGGAGACGGAGGAGGAGGAAACCCGGGUGGGGACGGAGAAUGGGAGAGGGGCCAGGGAGAUCGUCGUCGCCUUUCGCGGCACGUACAGCAUCACAAACACCAUCGUCGACCUGAGCACCGCGCCCCAGGAGUACGUCCCUUACCCGGCGCCGCCUGGAGACGGGAACGGAGAUGGGAACGGGGGCGGCGGCAAGUGUCACAAUUGCACCGUGCACAUGGGCUUCAUGGCCUCGUGGCGGAACGCUCGCGAGGUGGUGAUACCGGCCCUCAAGGCCGCCCGCGAGCGGUAUCCCGGGUACCGGGUGCAUCUCAUCGGACAUAGCCUGGGCGGGGCCGUCGCGGCGCUCGCGGCGCUCGAGCUCCGGCUGGGACUCGGCUGGCGAGACGUGGUCGUCACGACCUUUGGGGAACCGAGGGUGGGGAACGCGGAAUUGGCCGACUACAUCAACCGGGCGUUCGGGCUCGGGGUCCGGGACGGAGACGGCGCUGGCGAGGAGGUCGCAUACCGCCGCGUCACGCACGCCGGCGACCCGGUGCCGCUCCUGCCGCUGAGCGAGUGGGGUUACCAGGCGCAUGCCGGGGAGAUCUAUAUCAGCAAGCCGGACCUGCCUCCGGCGCCGGAGGACUUGAGGCUGUGCCACGGGAACAACGACCCACGGUGUUUGAGCGAGGCCGAGACACCGGACUGGCUAAGCUGGGUCUUGGGGUGGAUGAAGAGCGGUAGGAUACGAGGAGAGGCCGAGGCACUACUGGGCCUGGGCCGAUGGUUCCCGGCGCGGCUUCAGCUGUGGCAACUGCUGUUCGCGCACCGAGACUACUUCUGGAGGUUGGGACUCUGCGUCCCGGGGGGAGACCCGGCUGACUGGGGAAGGGAGAAAUACAACCUGACGGUCGACGGUGCUCGGGAUGAGAUACGGGAUUUAUGAGCUGGGUUCUGAACGGACGAAGAAAACAUUUGACGCUCGGCGGGACCGGUCGUGUGUGAGAAUGGGUUCAGGCAGCAUAAUUAUUGCCGACUGUGCACAGCUAGCAUGG